GUGGUGGUCCAGUACUCGAGUCUGACAGAUUUGCUGUGGAAUCGACAGCGGUAGGCACUAGGCAGCUGUAGGACAUUUGCGCAAUUGAGGGAGUGUAGUAUGAAGUUGUUAUUGUUUUUGGGCCUAGUGGCCACCGUUUCCUGCGCGAACAAUGUCGCAAACGGGCCGAAAGUCACCGACAAGGUAUGGUUCGACAUAAAGAUCGGAGGCACCAGUGCAGGCAGGAUAGAGAUCGGCCUCUUUGGUAAAACCGUUCCCAAGACGGUCAAAAAUUUUGUGGAGCUCGCCAAGAAACCUGAAGGCGAGGGAUACAAAGGCAGCAAGUUCCACCGGGUGAUCAAGGACUUCAUGAUCCAAGGGGGUGACUUUACGAAGGGAGACGGAACUGGAGGUCGCAGCAUCUAUGGUGCGUUCGAUGAUGAGAACUUCAAGCUGAAACACUAUGGUGCCGGAUGGUUGUCCAUGGCCAACGCUGGUUAGGAUACCAACGGAUCUCAGUUCUUUAUCACAGUCAAGCAGACUCCAUGGCUCGAUGGUAGACACGUUGUCUUUGGCAAAAUUAUCAAGGGAAUGGACGUGGUACGCAAAAUUGAGCAAACGAGCACGGAUUCACGUGACAAGCCAGAAAAGGACGUCAUUAUUGCCGACAGUGGUGCAGAGACCGUAGCAGAGCCAUUUAGUGUUUCUAAAGACGACGCUACCGACUAAAUGCCAGCAUUUAUUGACCAUCUCGUUAUUCUUUAUAAUCUCUCUUUGUAUCAUGAACGAUAAUUUUUCCAAGCUGGAUGGCUCUGGCAUCUUCAUUGGUUGAUCUCUCUGGACGAAUGUAUAAAUGGCAUCAAUUGCACAAACGGUCUCUGUGUUGUGAUAACUGCCUGACAACCUCAUUCUAUCAAUGAAGAUUGCCGUACCAACGACAUCGUGAGAUGACUACAACGUUUCGCGGGAUCACGAAGCAUUGAAACUACAAUUCGUACAUAAAAAUCGUUUUUGGAACGAUCGUUUCUAUUCCAUUUUUACAGCUCUGUAUACUCGUAUUACACGAUGAAUUUUGUACAUCUGUAAAGAGAUUUUUUACAUUCACAAAUAAACAGAAAUUGUUUAAAG